GCAGCUCCCACGGUGACCCCCGCACUUUCUCUCCCUCGCCGGAGCAUCACCCCGAGAGCCUCCCAAAAUGGCCACCACCGCCACAGCCAUGGCCAUGGCCACAACCUCCCCCGCGGCCCCCGUUGUCCCCGCACUCUUCUCCUCCCUUCCACAGCGCAUCCGCAUCCGCCUCUGCCCCAAACCCUUCCUCUCCUCCACCUCCCGCCGCCUUGUGCUUCCUGUCCCCAAGUCCUCAUCUUGGGACGGCUCCGCCUCCGAGCAAGAAGACGUGGAAGGGGACGCGGAGGAUUCCUCGGAAGCCGCCUCCGGGGAUGAGGUGGAGGGGGACGAGGACGACGAGAAGCCGCAGCCGGAGGCGGUGUCAUCCUCAGGGUUCCAGUUCGCGGCACCACCGGAGGGCUACAUUGAGCCGGCUCCGUUCGACGAGCUUCCCCCCGAAUCACCGGAGGACGUGGCGGCGGCCUACGAGGCUAUGUACGGGCCGGCAUUCAGCGGCGAGUCGCUGAUGGGGAACAAUGUGUUCGAGGUGCAGGUCGUGGACCCGGUCGACAUGGACCGGGACCAGCGCCCCAACGACGACUUCAGCGAGCGCGUCGUGCAGGUCAGCAGAGUCACCAAGGUCGUCAAGGGUGGGAGGCAGCUCUCUUACCGCGCCCUUGUCAUUGUCGGGGACAUGAAGGGGCACGUUGGUGUCGGCGUCGGCAAGGCCAAGGAAGUCUCAGAGGCCAUCACAAAGGCUGCUAUGAAUGGCCGCCGCAAUCUCGUUACGGUGCCACUAACCAAGUACUGCACAUUCCCGCACAGAGCUGAGGCCAACUAUGGAGCAGCGACUGUCCUGCUGCGGCCUGCUUGCCCUGGAUCUGGUGUCACUGCAGGUGGAGCAGUGAGGGUUGUGCUGGAGAUGGCUGGAGUUGAAAAUGCUCUGGGGAAGCAGUUGCGAAGCAAGAACCUCCUCAACAACGCAAGAGCUACCGUGAAGGCGACCCAGAUGAUGAGACAGUUCUCAGACGUUGCUGCAGAGCGCGGCCUGCCAAUGGAGGAGCUGUGGAAAUGAUCAGACAAACGAGGCUUCAGCUGCCUCACGGAAUACUUUUCUUUCUUCUGCUGUAUUUGUUGAGUUCGUUUUCAGUUGUAUCUAUCUAUCGGGACAACCCUUCUUCAAGAUUUUCUUCUCUAAUCUACUCUGGAAAUCGCAGAAAGUUAAGCUGGUCUACCAAUAUAUGUAGCUUCCUUCUAUUUGUACAUCACUGGAGCAAAUCAACAAAAUUGUUACAAUUGGCUUC